CUGUGCAAAUGCGCACACACUAUCAGACAAUCGGGUCUUCUUUGUUCAACGAACAGCAGACAAUGAAAAUGGCAGAUGGAAAAUGUCGGAAUCUACAAAUGAACAAUUUACAAACAUCGACGUAGCUAUAGAAUCCAGAAGUUUUCACCGAUUGUCUUACGAAUUACAAUGAGAAUUACGCAAGAUAUCCCUUGAGACAAUCCGUAAUGGUUUGUUUUCGCUGAGGGCAGCCGGAGAGACCAGUUUUCACUUGGAAGUCAGAAAGAUGCUCAGGUGUGGCGAGCUCGCUGUUCUGGGAGAGAAAAAGGGACGCAUCCUUCAGUCUAAAGCUCACGUACACAACAAACACCUGCAAAUCGAACUGGGCAUACUGGAGCAAGAGCAGCGGAGGGCAGAAGUUCAACUGAGAUCAAAGCAGGAACAACUUUUGCGUCAGUUUCAAAGCCUCCGAAAACGCAGCGCCGAAAUCAGGAAAGAUCUGGAGAGCAGAGAACGUUCACCCCGAACGACCUGCGAUGGACCGACUCCAGUGUCGUCUGCAAGCACCGCAACGUCGUCCGAAGGACACCCUAGCGGUUGUGUAUAUAAUUGCAAUAAAGAUGUACUAGUAUUCCCGGCUGGAGCAAAAACCGCCAGUUCAAGAAAGAGAUGGUCUGUCGCAGCUUGUACACUGGGGGCUUCACAACACAUACAGCGCCUGACAGACCCAUCUUACAUCAAACGACGUUUCAAAAUCGCGGAAGAGGACGAACACCUUGCUCCCAAGAAUGAGGCCGUAUCAAGGCGCCGUAAAAGUCUCGACCCCACAAUGUUAGCAGCCAUCUUGGAUGUAGACACCUCUACUGUCAACCUGGAAGCGCAGGCCUAUGCCCGAGUGCGAGCGUCGCCCAGCCUUCUUCAAAAGUCUUUGGAACUCGACGGUGAAGAGGGCGACCGAGGGAGGACAGUGCCUACGGUGAAGCAGCGCAGAGCAAGCGUAGCUAUUCCUGGCUGCUGGCCUAGUAAAACGACCGGCACACGGCUCCCACCGCUAACGUCCGACAAGGCGACUGGUACGGCGAAUGGUGCGGAUUUACGUCAACAACGAAGGCAUUCUCUUCCCGCAAUAACUGUCACCUGUGACCCACAAGAUACGAUAGAUUCGCAAGGCGGCAUGGCGUCCUGUCUAGGCCCAGGUAUCAAGUCCAAGCCAAGAAAAUCGUCAGUUACGUUUGCUGAAAGCAACAUUAUAAAGGAACAUAUUGAAGAAGAAAAGUAGUUGGCUAAGGCUAUAGCUAAACAGUCCCAUACGAGAAUCACAGUCUCUGCCACAUAGGGCCGACUCAGGUCUGUUGCAAUAUGUUCUUUCUGAGGAUUAGUUUCUCUUCUGCGUAGUGCAUCAGUCUAGCUUCUCCUGAUUUUAGCUGCCUGGACAGUGGUCCUCCCAGUGCUCUAUGUCAACUUCCCUCUUGAUAUACCGCCUAUACUGCAAUGUACAGUAAUGUAUAGUUUCUUGCAUAUAGAAAGCAAAUCUAGCAAACUUCCUGUAUUUUGUACUAUGUUCGAAACAUGUUGCCAUACUCUCAGUCUGUAACGUCUGCGAUUGUCGUGCAAUAAGAUCUUCGUCUUGCCGUGCGAAAAGUUCUUCUUCUACUACAUUCUACUACUAGUAUUAUGUAGAAGCUAGUGGAGGUAAGUCCUGUCUAUCAGCCUAGUAUAUGGUCAUUAACAUGUUAUGUAUACUAUUCGACUUGUCUGUCAUCAUUAUUACCAGUACUAGGUCACUAGGGACAUUAGAUUGUUUUAUUACCUUCAUCAAGUUCUCAGUAUGGGUCAAUUAAGAUGCCAACCAAUACACAUCCCCUGCAAACUGAUGCACCACAGUCUGAUGCACGAGUUUCUUUUUUUAAG